AUGGCACGUAAAAUACGGAAAUACCAUCGCACGGGUGGGCAAAGCUACGUGAUUGACCUACGUGCUCCAUGUCUUGCCGGUCAGAACAAAAACAAUGGCUGGGUUCCUUGCCUACCGACGAGUCUGCCGUUUCCCGCUCAACACCGCAUUCUACAGGUACUGCAACAGCGCUUGGAGCGCUCUGCGUUCGAGUCUAUCCAGGAAUGGCACCCCCAACUUGGCCAGGCUAACGGACGGGAUUAUGCCGAGCAUGUGGAAUUGCACAUGGCGUUCAAAGCGCUGGACCGAAAGCGUUAUACCCAUUCCACAUCUGGAUUGUCGAAAAUUCCAAAGAAGGGGGUAAAUCGGUUGCGAGUCGACAUUGAGGGUAUCCGUCAUGCAGCCAUACACUGUCAACUACAGGAUUACCAUCGUCUUUUACAGCAGGUUCACUCGGCCCGAGAGUUUGCAACCGUAUGGCUGGGCGACCCGCAGUCACGCACCCACCAUCUCCAAGGCAAUCUUACUGUGCGCAUGGGAUGUAACAGGAUACCUGAAGACAGACGUUACCAAUUCCUUCUGCGCAAGGCGACGCGGAGGCUCUUAGAGAAAACCAAUCACGAUUGUAUUGAGCAAGUGGACUACAUCCUACAAUUGAGCUUCCCGCCAUUAUAUACAAAGAAGUGA